UUCAUUUUCAAAUUCCCAUCCCCUCUCUCUCUUAGCUUUUCUUUUUCCCACCCCUCAAUUUUCCACCUCAAAGCUUAGCUCACACACACAAACACACCUCCUUAUAUUUACUCAAUUGAGUGAUAUACAAUCCAACAACUCCAUUAUCAUCCCAUAAACUUUAUCUCUCUAACUUUCUUUCAUCUUUACUUUUCACUUUCCUUCCUUUUAAGUUCCAAAACAAGACACCCACCACCCAAAAAACACACAUUUUCCCCCUUUUCUUUCACUCAAUUGCCACUGAAUUCUCCAUUUUUUUUCUUCAAUUUAGCUCUCAAUUCUUAACUUUGACUUCAAUUCUCCAUCUGGGUGGCCUCAACUUCUGCUAAAUUCAUUGACCCAAUGGAAAAAGGAAAGAUCUUUAUGAAUGAAAAUAACACAGAAGCAAUACCCAUUUGGAAUUCAAACAACAAUUUUGGAACUGAAUUGUGUUCAUCAUCAAAUGAGAUGAAUAAUUGCUCUUCAGAUCAAAUACCCAAUUGUUUUUUCAAUCCCAAUUGGGAAAAUUCAUUGGAUCAGAGUGACCCAUUUGAGUCUGCUAUGAGUUCAAUUGUCUCAUCACCUAAUGCCAAUGCUGUUCAUAAUAAUAAUUCUGACCCAUUUAUGAUUAGAGAAUUAAUUGGCAGAUUAGGAAACAUUUGUAAUUCCCCAAAAUCUUAUUGUAACAGUACUAAUACUUCAUGUUAUACUACUCCAUUAAAUUCCCCUCCAAAAAAUAAUUUCAAUUUUCCAAAUUUAGCUCCAUUACCAGCUGAUCAAGCUUUUGUAGAGAGAGCUGCGAGAUUUUCUUCUUUUGGGCAGUUUGGAUUUAAUGAAUCCAACGUUUUGCCCAAAAUUCCAAAAAGUCCUCCGGCCGGCGGCGCGGCGGCGGUGGGAGGUGGGAAUGAUGGGAAAUUGAGUGUUUUGUUGAGGUGUGAAGGUCAAGAGAAUGGAGAAUUGGGUGAUUCAAGAGAAGGGUCUUCUUUGUCUGAGCAGAUCCCAAUUAAAAAUGGUUCUAAUGGAAAGAAAAGGAAAUCAAUUCCUAGAGGAAAAGCUAAAGAAUCUCCUUGUGUUUCUGAUGUUAAGGUUGGAGGAGAUCAGAAGGAAGAAGAAAAUGCAAAAAGAAGCAAGUCAGAUGAACAAAAUGGGAAUCAGAAACAGAAUAAAGAUAAUGAAAAGCCAGCUGAGAUAUUGAAGGAUUAUAUUCAUGUCAGAGCCAGAAGGGGUCAGGCUACUGAUAGUCACAGUUUAGCUGAAAGAGUUCGAAGAGAAAAAAUCAGUGAAAGAAUGAAAUUUCUUCAAGAUCUUGUACCUGGUUGUAAUAAGGUAACUGGAAAAGCUGUUAUGCUUGAUGAGAUAAUAAACUAUGUGCAGUCAUUGCAGCGCCAGGUUGAGUUUCUGUCUAUGAAGUUGUCAACUGUUAAUCCAAGAAUGGAUCAUAUUAACAUGGAAGCUCUUCUCUCCAAAGAUGGUUUUCAGUCUCGUGGCGGAUCUUUGCCGAAUGGUUUAUAUCCCUUAGAUUCCUCAGCAGCUCUAUCAUUACCUUAUGGUUUCCAAUCCCAGCAAGGGAUAACCUUACCUAAUGGCAUGUCUAGUAAUGCAGAAACUCAAUUUUUAAUGAACCCUUUAAAUUCUAUGUUACGACGACACCAAAGUAUGCAGUUGCCCCCGCUUGACGGCUUCGGAGAUGCAGCUGCCCGUCAGGUUUCUGCAUUCUGGGAAGAUGACCUUCAAAGUGUUGUGCAGAUGCAAUUUAUGCAGAAUCAGCAGCAGGGCUUUCCUCUUCCCACAGGGUCAUUGCCUGGAGGUCAAAUGAAAGUAGAGCAAUGAAUCUUAAUCAAUGACAACUUAUUAAUAGCAGUGGAGAGGCAUCUGUAUAUAAAUCCAAGAUUAAGUUUCUGAUUAAUUUGGUUAAUUCAUCUUUUAGAUAUAUUCAGAACAGAGUAUAUAUAAUUUUUCCCAUUGUAAUUUUAUUAAUUAUGUAAUUUAUGCAACUAAUUCUUUUGAGGAAAUUUAUAUAAAGUCUAAUUGCAAGCAAUGUUGAAGUCUAUAAUUUUGUAACAUGACAAGAAGAAAUAUUUGAGGAUGGAGAGAACUAUAAUUAAUUUUAAUCAUUAGUACUAUUUUUUUGGUGA